AUGUCUACGCAUACGAAGACGCAUCAAAUAACCCGAUAUUCCUUAGAGCCGACCUUUGUCAUACCAGAUUCUGUCAAGCUAGUAUUGAAGGAAAAUCAACAAGUAACACCAGCAACAGAAACUACAUUCAAUAACGAAACUGAUAACAGAGAACCAGAAAUAGAAAUACAUAUUGAUACCAUAGAGCAGAGCGCCAUUGAGGAAGAGGUAUCCACUACCCUUGAAGAAAAACCGAUCAGCAACAGAGCCAAGAAGAAGAAGAAAUGGGUAGCUAACAUCGGAAAAUCGAGCAAAACUGAGUAA